AAGUGGGACGACCGGUAUGUUCACUUGCUAAUAGAAACUUACAAUCAUCACAAGCAUCUUUUCAACACCAAGAGGGGAAAGAUGACUAAAAAGCAGGUGUUCGAAAGAAUUGCGGAAUAUUUGUCAGUGGCGAUCAGUGUCUUUGAAAAUGGAAAAAAUUAGAACAAAAGUAUAAAGAAGUAGAACACAACAAUAAAAGAAUGGGAAGAGGCAGAAAGGAUUGGAAAUUUCUCCACAAAAUGGCUGGUUGCCUUGGCCAAAAUCCUAAAGUUAAUCCAGCAUUUACAUUCGAUGCAUCAAGUGAAAGUCAGGCAUCCAGAUCAGAAUCUCUAUUAGUCACCAGCAGCACUACUAACAACGAAAACUGCUCAGACUGCAGUGAUGAAGGUGUUGGUGAUGAAAUCAAGAGAGAAAGGAACUGAAACUUCGCAGGCAGCGCAAACGAAAUGGUCAUUCGUCAGCCACUGAAACGCUAACUUUCCUACAAACAUAUACCGAAAAAAGACAGAAGGCUGAAGAGGAAAAGUUAAGUCUUCUAAGGGAGAUGAAAGAUUAA